UUUAGAGAAAGUGAGAUAAAUAACAGUGCUAUUGUUCAUGUUUCCUAUAAUUUUCCACUUUGCAUUUGCAUUACCACACAAUAGUAAAUUAGUAUAAAUUAAGUCACACUGAUGGAAUCGUAUAUGUGUUUAAAAUCGAAGUGGUUAAUUAGCAAAAUUAUUUUGUAGUGCUUAUAUUAUUCUUAUUUAUUGGAAUAUAAUCUGUCUUAAAUCUUUACAAGGGCAGUUUUAAUGAGUUGUCAUUGGAUUUUCCUUUUUAAUGUAUUGCAGGGGUAUCAGCUACAGUAUGUUGUGAUUUAUUAUAUGUGUGUCUAUAAGUGUUGAUAAUGAUAAUCCGAUCAAUCAAGGCUUUUAAAAUGAAUAAAAGUAUAUGCCUUAAUGAGCGCAUGCUCUCAUGGGUCAAAUAUGAAGGUCUUGUUAGAAUAUCUGUCAUGGACACGAGCCGCACUGCGGUCGAAAAGAGAGAAUCUGGAAUGUUGUGGUUGUGGUGUCAUGUUAUAUCUGGGAAUUCUGGUGAUUAUAUUUGCCUGCAGGUUGGUAAACCAACUUAUACUUUGUUACAUUGACUAAAUAAGCCAAACUUGUUGAGGUAUUACAUAACGCAUUGCAUUAGGCCACUGGGUUUUAUGCUCUUUUUGUUAAUUCAUCAGUCUUUCUACUCAAACUCUUUCCUCCUUUUCUUUUUAUUGUUGUUGUCUUGCUGUUUAUUGUCUAGUCUGGCUCUCUGUCAGUUAAGGAGGACUCGUUAUCCACUAAAGAGUCAGAACUUUCCAAUAUUGUGGUGACUGAGAACCUCACAGUCCCUUCUGUCCCAGUCCCAGAAUCAGAGGUAUCUGACCGCAGCGCUCCUCCCCACUCUUCCCCUAAUUGCUCACCACUUUUACUGGAACUCCACAUUGUUGAGGAAUCUUCAACCGCUGCUCCAGAGUCCAACUCCACGGUGCUCUACACUUCCUCCAAGAACCAUUCGGAGAAACUACUGGUAGUUUCUAACACAAAGAGUACAGCACCUGUGUCUCUUUUAUCACCUGAACCAUCUGCAAAAACUUCAAGCCUUCUGACAUCAAGUUUACAUACAUGUGAAGUCAGUUCACCCAAGACUGUCGAUCAAAAAACCUCAAGUUCAGAUUCGGUCACCCAAAGUAGUCCACCUGUGGUACCAAAGGCCUCCUCACCAGCUAGGACUCCAGGGAUAUCUAGACCAGUGGCUAAAAGCCCCAGUCCACCUCAGGUGAUCAAGAGCUCAAAUCGAAUUGUUGAUGUGAAAAUUCCUAGUCCUGUAACAGUUGCUAAAACCUCUAGUCCAGUCGUGGUACGAAAGAGCCCAUGCCCAGUUACAGCUGUUAAAGCAACCAAAAGUCCAGUCCCUGGAGUCCUUGCCAAGAGCCCAAGUCCCCAGCCAGGGAUUACUAGCAAGAGUCCAGUGCCAACUACCAUUACACUGCCCGCUCCUCCAGUUUCAAACCUAACAUUAACUCCGAACCCUUCCAAAGAGAAACCUGAGAGCUUUGAACCGGGCAUGUUGGGAAUAAGCCUUCCUUGCCCCAAGCAUCUUCUGGAGGAAGCCCUGGACAAGCUGUUGAUGUCCAGUCUUUCCCAACCAGAGCAGGUGAAGUUAGGUGAAGGAGCUCCUGCCUCAUCAGAGGUGAAUGAUGAUGUUCUGGCACUUCUUCAUCAGUUGACUCCACAGGAUGGCACUAAAGGUGUCACUUGGAUGGACGACUCCCUAAACCCCACAUCGUUACCUGGGGAGGUAGAUGUUUCGCUGGACCUUCCACUUCUCCAGCCAUCGGCAGUUGAAAGGAUCUCCGCUUCUGGACAACUUAAAUCGGUCAUCAGACGCACAAAGGAAACGUCCAACGUCCACCCUAUGUUUCGUGACGGCCACAUGCGACGAAAAAUGGGCCCUCUAAUCAUCAACAAGAGUAACUCGCAGGAUCUACUCAUUGAAGAGCUGCAAGGGAAACUGGGAAUCAGUCGCACUGAGCGGCUACGAAAGCAGCCAGCUGAUUGGCUCACGGAGGGAGUCAUUGUCUGUUCCAACCCACAGCGCUUAAGAGAGGAAGGUGGUGUAUCACCAACCGUUGAUAAGAUCAUCAUUCCUCCAGACUCACCCAGUCCUCCGAAAAAAGUCCUAACCCAUCCUGUCCCAAAAAAGCAAGAUCCUGUGAAACAGAUGCCCGCUCCUCUCCCCCCACCACCUCCACCCCCACCCCCUAGGGAGCCCUCUCCUCCUCCACUUCCUCCUGCUCCUCCAGUUCCAGCUCCACCUCCACCUAAAAUCCCCACCCCUCCCCCAUCUCCUCCUCCUAAACCUGUGACCCCGCCCCCUCCACCCAAGGUUUUAGCAUCUGUUGGCUGCCAAACGGAAUAUGAACCUCUUUUUCUACCGGUACAGGCAUGAACUUGCUCUCUCUGUCUAUCUGCAUCUGAUCAGAGCUUGCAUUUAUGCCUUCAGGGUUCCCACAGUCUUUGAAAAUUUGGAAUUAAUAGGGAUUUUUUUUUUAGGCCUGGAAAAGUCUAAAUUGAAAUUAAUAAAAGAAAGCAGGUUGUAUGUUGGGUUUGUGUCGAGUAAAACUUGCUCACAAGCCAUAGUGAAUAAUUCUGAGAGUGGAUUACUUUCUGAAAGUUUCUUGAAGUGGUUCACAAUUUAAUUUGACUGAAUCUUUAGUGAAUCAUUCUGAAUUAUAGUAAAUGUAUAUACAGUAUUUAACUACUAAAAUGGUCAUUUUGAAAACUGGGAACCCUCUGCCUUGUUUCUAGCCAUUCUUUCAUGGUUUCUAGCAUGUUGCAUAUGGAGCGCAUGCUGUUAUGUGUUUGACUGUCAAACAGCGUUUGCACUAGGAGUGUCUCAGCAUUUAUUAAAUAGUUUGCUGGUGCCAACAUGUCCCAUGAAGACAGUCCGUCCUUGUGUUUUCUCUUGUUUUCCCUGUUGAUUCCUGGUACAUGAUGAUCUAGUGACCACAGAAAAGACUACAAAUUUGUAGUUAGGGUUAGGGUCUCUGUCUUCCACAAUUGAGCAGAAUGUUCUAGACUUAAUACUGCAAGUUGAAAGGCAGGAAGUGCUUCAAGAGUAGCUUGUUUAAGUGUGAGUUCAAAUGCAGAAAUAACAGAGGAUGUGUGGGUUGCUAUUUUAGCUUUCUGAAGAAUGCUUCUGUGUCACGGUUCUUUGAAUUGAGAGAAUACAGAUGGGAAUACCAGCCCUUUUUGACCCAUAACCUUGCUUGGUCUAUCAUCUGAUUAUGUCUUUAACACCUUCUCGAUCCCGCUGUUGUAGGUUAUGUAGGGAGUGUGAGAUUGGUUUCCUUUGAUCAAUAAAAAGACAUGAUUCAAAAGCCUAUUGCAUAACCAGAUUUUCUGAUUAUGAAUGGUAACUAUUGCUUCUUUGUGCAGGAUCAUGCAUCUCUUCCAAAGGCUGUGAAAUAAGACAAAUGCAGUUAACAUUUCCAUGACAUGCAUUGCUGUGGCUAAUUACAAUUGAUUUCACAUGAGUGAUUCAGUGUUUCGGGGAAGUUGAGAACUACUUGAGCUUCUUUAAGUGCAUGUGGUAGUUGUUUAAUAAAACUAACAUUCUAUAAUGGAUUGGUUAAUAAAUGGUGCAAUUAAAGAUGUGCAAUUCAACAGCUCUUAAUGUACAUCUUGUAUUGUUAUUGACAUGGGAAAAGAUCUUUUCACAUGCUGAUGGUCAUAUUGAGAAAAUAUUCAUCCAAAAGGGAAUUUUAAUAAGGUAGUUUAUUUCCCAUGGUGCAAAGUUGAUCAUCAGUUUUGGGGCUUGUACGGAUAAAUCUUAAACCACUUAUUAGAGAGCAUUUAUUUUCACUUCUCAGUGUCGAGUCUCCAAAACAAGUCUGAGUAUCAGUGGGUGGUGUGGUGUCAAAUCCUGCAAGUGUGUAGGCAUGAAUAAUCAAUAUUGUGUCAUUGAUGAAAAAAGUGAUAAAUGCAUCUGCUGAAUGGUAGUAAUUAUGUGUACUUAAGAGAAAGUGCUUGUUUUGUGUCUGUGUGUGCAGUAAAGGAUUUGACUUCAUUCCCUUUGCUUAAUGAAACAGUCUUUAAAAAGUGAAAAUUAUUUCUUUUUUC